GAGUGAGCGUCGCUUCGAGUUUCCACUUGUCGCUCCUUGACUUCUCUUCACGGCACACCAAAGGUUCCUUGUGGGUAAACCACGAUGACUUUGAUGCUCUCGAUCGUCUUCAUCCUUCUUCCAUGGGCCAUUGCUUCUAUUCUAUUGCCGAUUGUGUCCUCCACAACGGAGACGCCAACUCCGACCCCAUGGCCUCACCAAUUUCACUCCAUUUUGUUCAUGAACUACAGUGGAUCCCUUCAGAAGAUCGAUCUCUGGUACGACUGGCCCAACGGUCGCAACUUCAACAUCAUACAGGAUCAGCUCGGUGAUAAGAUUCUCUACGACCUCGAAUGGAACAACGGCACCUCCUUCUUCUAUACUUUGGACUCCACCCAGGAGUGCAGGUCUGUUCAGCUCGAGGUUGGUAUUCUUCGUCCUAAUUGGUUGGAUGGUGCUCACUAUUUGGGUCAGCAAACUGUGGAUGGCUUCCUCUGCAAUGUUUGGGAGAAAGUAGACUUUAUUUGGUACUAUGAAGAUGUUGUGUCCAAUAGGCCUGUUCAAUGGGUCUUCUACACUGGUAGACAGGCACAUGUGAUGACAUUUGAAGUGGGUGCUUCGUUGGAGGAUGCUAAGUGGCAAGCUCCUGUCUACUGCUUCGAUAAGAAGAACAAGUCUCUUGACGACCCUGCCACUUUCAGGAAUUCUCUUCUAAGGAAUUGACGAUGAAUGAUCAGGAGCCUGAUAUAAGGAUGUGUUCAUCUUCCACCUUUCAAUAGCAUUCUGUAACAGCAUCGCUAAUGUUCCUUCACCUCCAUUGCUGGAGUCUGCAGGGCCUGAGGCUCAAUCUCAUUGAUGCAAUUAAAACUAAAAUCAUGAACACCAAAGUCCUGAGAGUCUAAUAACCAAGAACUGCUAUCCUCGCAAGAUGACAGUGCCAAGUCAUAAUUAGUGUUCUGUGCAUCAGAAGAUAUGCUUUCCCAUAAUGCAUCCACUAGUGAAGUUUCAUCUGGCCGCAAGUCGUUCGAGAGAAGGUCGUCGCUACGAUUGAUGUCUUGUGAAAGAUGUUCAUCUCCACAUAUAUUUUCGGUCGGUGAUGAGAUUGAAUUCUCCUUUGAAUUGUGAACAAUCAACUGAUGAUGAUCUCUGUCAGACUGUGACAAAUGUUCUGCAGGGGAUGAAUUAUCCUGGGAAGUAGCUUCUUUGUUGAGAGGCUCAUGGGUAACAGGAUCAAUACCCAUCUUAAGCAGCUUUUUCUUGAUGUAAGGAAAUAAAGAAGAAAAGCUUAACCUGUUGCCAAGGCGGGAAUGGAGAUCGAUGACAAGGUUCUCUUCUGCAUCAGUGAGGAGGCCUCUCUUCAAGUCAGGACGGAGAUAGUUAGUCCAACGAAGCCUACAGCUCUUGCCACAUCGCCGUAGGCCGGCCAACUUUGGAACUGCUCGCCAGCAACAGUGACCAUUGGUGAGAAUGAAGCUGAUGAGCUUCUUGUCUUCUUCAGCAGUCCAUGGUCCUUUCUUCACUUCAAGUUUGUCACAGCAAGAAGUUUUCAAUAGGGUCUUAUAAAAAGGACUGAAGGAGGGAGCAAUAUAUUACAUCUGAAUACAGAUAAAUAUGCAUAUGGGUUGUGAAAGAUAUGUGGGAACUAAAAUGGGAUGUUUCUGGUGUUUCGUGGAUCCAACGGCAGAGCUACAUGAAACAUGAGUGGAUUAUGAUAGGGUGUGGACGAUUGCUUGAAGUCUUGGUGCGGAUGAACAAGAUGGUCGUUUGAUGCCUUGAAUAAGAAAAGAAGCUCAUGACUAUGUCACUAAUCUUGUGUAGGAUCCAAUCAACCUGACUGAUAUUGCUGUACGGUAAUGUUUCUAGUAUAGCAGCAAGGCAUGAUGGCACAUUAAAAGUACAUAGCAGAUAUUCAAUAUACAUGCAAAUAUAAUA